AUUGUAAACAAAGAUUGAAAAACGUGUCGCCUAGAAUUGGUUAACUCAGUAAAAAAAAAAAAAAUUUGAAAAUUUCAUGAUAAAAUAAUAGUGUAUUAGUAUUACUAUUCUUGAAAAUAUUGUGUUAUAGUAUAUGAGUUCAGUGCCAAAUAAAACUGCAUAAUAAAAAUUAGUUAAAGUGUAUGCAGGUAUAUAAUUUUUGUAAAGAGCAAUAAUAAGAAAAUAAAAACAACGAAAAAAAUAAAAAAAAUAAUGAUAUUGUGUCACCAUAAUAGUAAAAUCAAAACAACGCUGGAGGUCUGGUGACGGCGGUAUGCCCGGUGGUUAUUAAAGGAAACGGAUUAUGGGUUGGAUGGUCUGGUAUGCAUUUAAGUGAUACUGAAGAAAUCCCAGAAUCAAAUCCAAACGAUCACACUCCAACAGCUGGUCUAAAAUCAGCUCAAGUUGUUUCUGUCAAUAUUGAUCCCGAGGUGUUUGACAGUUAUUACAAUGGUUGCUGCAAUAAAACUUUUUGGCCGCUUUUUCAUUCUAUGCCUGGGCGUGCUACAUUUAGUGCCGAUCAUUGGCGUAAUUAUGUUAAAGUCAACAAACAUUUUGCAACAAAAACCAUUGAUGCCCUUCAGAGGAUUCACAAAAACAAUAACCAAAGUGCCCCUAUAGUUUGGAUACAUGAUUAUCAUUUGAUGUUGGCAGCAAAUUGGGUACGUGAAGAAGCCGAAAUAAAAAAUUUAUCCUGUAGAGUUGCAUUCUUUUUGCAUAUACCUUUUCCACCAUGGGACAUUUUUCGUCUAUUUCCAUGGUCUGAUAUGGUACUUCAGGGAAUGUUAGGCUGUGAUAUGGUAGGUUUUCAUAUUCAAGAUUAUUGUCUGAAUUUUAUUGAUUGCUGUCAAAGAAAUUUGGGAUGUCGAGUAGAUCGCAAUAAUUUAUUAGUAGAACAUGGUGGAAGGACUGUCCGUAUUCGACCACUACCAAUUGGAAUACCUUAUGAUCGAUUCGUUGAACUAGCCACGAAAGCACCAAAAGUUAUCAAAACGAAACACAAAGUUAUUUUAGGAGUUGAUCGCCUAGAUUAUACAAAGGGCUUGGUUAAUCGUUUAAGAGCUUUUGAAAAGUUGCUUGAAAAACAUCCUGAACUUAUAGGACGUGUUAGUUUAUUACAAAUUUCAGUUCCCUCAAGAACGGAUGUAAAAGAAUAUCGCGAGCUUAAAGAGGAAAUGGAUCAGUUGGUUGGGAGAAUUAAUGGGCGUUUUACUAAUGCAAACUGGGCUCCCAUUCGUUAUAUUUAUGAUUAUGUUGCUCAAGAUGAACUAGCUGCUUUAUACAGAGACGCUGCUGUCUGUCUUGUUACUCCAUUAAGAGAUGGUAUGAACUUAGUUGCAAAAGAAUUCGUUGCUUGUCAAAUAAAUGAAUCACCUGGUGUCUUAAUCAUCUCGCCAUUUGCUGGAGCAGGGGAAAUGAUGCAUGAGGCUUUGCUUUGUAAUCCAUAUGAAGUGAAUGAUGCUGCUGAAAUUAUUCACCGUGCUCUAACAAUGCCUGAAGAUGAAAGAGUUUUAAGAAUGAACCGCUUAAGACGUAGAGAACAGCUUCAUGACGUAGGACAUUGGAUGAGAUGUUUUUUAAAAGCAAUGGGAACUCUUGAACAAGAUGAUGUGGGGUCUACAGUCAUGCAGCCAGUUUCAAUUGAUGAUUUUGAUCAAUACUUAUUGAAGUACAUCGGAUAUAACCACAAACUCGCUUUAUUGCUUGACUAUGACGGCACUUUAGCACCAAUUGCUCCUCAUCCUGAUUUAGCUAUCUUAUCACCAGAAACAAGAAACAUUCUAUUUAAACUUUCAAAUCAUUCUGAUUUAUAUGUAGCAAUUAUCUCUGGAAGAAAUGUGGAUAACGUAAAAAAAAUGGUUGGAAUCGACAAAAUUACUUACGCAGGAAAUCAUGGCUUAGAGAUUUUACACCCAGAUGGUAGUAAGUUCGUUCAUCCUAUGCCAAUUGAAUGGGAAGAAAAAGUUAGUGAAUUAUCAAAGGCCUUGCAGGACGCUGUAUGUCACGAUGGGGCUUGGGUAGAAAAUAAAGGUGCAAUUUUAACCUUCCAUUAUCGCGAAACCUCCCCAGAACUGAGAUCACAUUUGGUUGAACAAGCUAGGAUUUUAAUCUCCAAAUCAGGUUUUAAGCCAGUUGAAGCCCACUGUGCUUUAGAAGCCCGUCCGCCAGUUCAGUGGAAUAAAGGUCGUGCUUCAAUUUACAUUUUGAGGACAGCUUUCGGAGUAGAUUGGACAGAGCGUAUAAAAAUAAUUUACGUUGGAGAUGAUUUGACUGAUGAGGACGCUAUGGUGUCGCUUAAAGGUAUGGCUAGAACAUUUCGUGUAACAUCAUCUGAUAUUGUACAAACCGCUGCAGAUCACCGUCUGCCGUCGACGGACUCAGUCUAUACAAUGUUAAAAUGGAUUGAAAGACACUUCAUGGGACGCAAAGCUCGUGCUAAUUCGCUGACAUUCCGGAAUAGAAAAGAAGAUUGCGUUAAAUCCCACAUGUCUUAUGACUCUCUUUCACCUUCAUCCACAAAUAAUUCAAUUGAUUGCGAUCAUCUUUAGCGAACUAAGUACAAAUCUAAAUUUAUGUAUUAGAAUGUGUAUCUUUCGUGCAGUAAAACUUAAAAUCGCUAUCUUACAUUUUAAAUUACUUUUUACGGUAAAUACUAAAUUGGAUCUAUAGAGGGAACUAUGUAAGGAGAGGUUUAAUGAUGCUAUAUGAAAAAUAUGGUUUAAGCAGCUUUAUCUGAAAACAUAAUAAACAAUGUAAACAUAAUACGUUAUGUAUGUAAAAUAUUGAUUUAAAAAAACAUGUAAAGUAAAUUCUCUUUUAUCAGAAGUUAUAAUUAAAUUAUUAUGGAACGAAUUUUUUAUUGCAAAUUUAUAAUUUGAUAAAAUCAUAUUAUGACAUAAUUUGAUAAGAACUUUGAAUUUUCAUAGUUUAAAUGGUUUUAUAAGAAUUUGUAUAACUUCUAUAAAGGAUAUGUGUAAAUACAUAUAGGUUGUAUGUUUAUAUUACGUGUUCACA